GUGGGCCGGUUGGUGUGGCAGACAAGAAUACAAUUCCAGAUGCCAGAAUGACAGCAAGCAGUAUUCACAGUCGGAAUUAUGCUUCAUACCUCGGCCGACUGAAUGAAACCAGGAGACGAGGAGGGUGGUGUCCUAAGACUAGAUUUGAUAAAACCGACUACCUUCAAGUAGAUAUGGGUUCAGUGCUGUCUGUUUGUGCUGUGGCUACUCAAGGAGAAGAGGAACUUCUGGAAUGGACCACCAACUAUAAAUUGUGCUUAUCCAUUGACGGUUCAACUUGUAACCCUUACGAGGAGAAGAAUAAAACAAAGGUGUUUCAAGGAAACUCGGAUCGAACAAGUAUCGUGAAGCAUUUACUUAGAACUGACUUCAAAGCCAGAUACGUUCGGUUUUAUCCUGUCUCAUACCACAACUGGCCUUGUUUGAGGGUUGAAAUAUAUGUGUUUAAGUAAUAAAUUUAAGAUGUCAACUGGAAAAAAACAAACACCUAGUUUACAGUAGGAAAUUGAAAAUUACCAAACAAACUAAAAACUUUUUUAACUAUCUAACCACUACACACCUUUCGCUGCAGUAUAAUAAAACAGUUAUGCAUGAUAAACGUAAAGUUGAAAAGGUAUUCUAGAUCUGUUCUGAAAGUUGAGUUUAGUCACUGUCGCUUAUUCAUUCUGCGCUAUGGUUAGUUACUGUCGGUGCGAGUUUUC